ACCUGCAGUAUGGAGUCGUCCCGGGGGCGGCCUGGGCCCGAGACGAACCCCGCGGCUCUGGGGAAGCACCAAGCCGCCAUCUUCGGCGGAGGGCCGGGCCGGACGCCCUCCGAGCCAUCCUCAGACACCAGGCGGUCCGAGAAGGAAGAGGCCGAGAACGUUAGGGGCGCGAGCCGCCACCUCAGGGCGUCCCCGAAGACGACGAGCUGCUCCGCAGCCCACGGGUCAGAACGGGAGGUUCGGGAGGACGAGCCCGGGCCCCGAGGGACGCCGUCCGGCACCAGGAGCCGCCGGGGGCCGCCAGGUCUGGAGCACGACCCGCCCCCCUCCGCCGGGCGCCCGGACCCUGACCCGCCGGAGGGUGAGCCUGCAUCCGAGACGGCCAGCUGCGGCGGGCGCCGCGCCACCAUCUCCAGUGCCCUGGAACUGGAGGGCACGGUGAGCCGCCACGGCGACCUCACCCACUUUGUGGCCAACAACCUCCAACUCAAGAUCCGUCUGAGCGGCGCCGCCCAGCCCCCGCCCCCUGCCCCCUCCCGGCCCUGCCCAACGUCCGCACCCACUCCGGCCAUCCCGCCCAUCGACCCCGACGUGCUGCGGGACCUGGAGCGGCUGAGUCGGGAGCUGGGCGGCCGCGUGGACCGUCUGCUCCGGGGGCUGGGUGGCGCAGUCCAGGAGCUGACGGCGCUGAGCGUGGGUUGCAUCCAGACGUACCGCGACGCCGUGGACUCUUUGGGUGAAGCCGUGGACAUGAGCAUCAAGGGCAUGUACACCCUGCUGGCGCGCUGCGAGGAGCUGGAGCGGGCCCUGCAGCCUGUGCAGGGACUGGCUCGCCAAGUCCGAGACAUUCGACGCACAUUGGAAGUGUUGGAGGCACUAUGCAAGUGAUCCGGAGGGCAGGAGACUGGGACAGGAUCCUAGGGACUCUUCAAGGAGCCCUGGCGGGAACUGUCUAAAAAGGGGAAAUCUCUGUGUUGGAGAUGCUUCCAGAUGCAUUUAGUAGACUGGUGCCUAAGCGUUGGGCCUUAAGCAAGCGUGUAUGGGUAACUCGUAAUUGCUCUCUUGGAGGGAGGGAAUGAUGCUGUGCUUCUAUUCAUUUGGCCAUCUGUAGUUACCCUGUUCUCCACAAAUCCCUUUCCUAGCUAGAACACCAUCCUGAGGAAGCUAGGGCUUUCGAUCUCAGCUUGAAUAGGGAAACAAGACUCCUAUAUGCGAUUGAAAGGGGAACACAGAAGACCCCACCCCCACUACGGCUGCCCUGAUUCCGGUAGCCAACCGCUCAGGUGUUAGGGCCUUUGGGAACUUGAGCAGGCCUUAGCCACACUCCUUGCAAGGAAGAAUGCACACCUGCAGGCGGGCAACUUUCUGGGUCCAUCCUGGCCCCUCCGAGAGCAUACCAACUUCCCAACCAGAACCAAGGAGGAAGCUAGGAGGAGUCUAUCAGAUGAUAAAGUGAGUGAGGUGGGGCGCCUCACUCCUCUCAGGGUUCAGGGAGAGUUGUUGCUGGGUUUGAAGCCAACCUGUUGCGGAGUAUUCUAAUCAAAUUUUGGCUUUCUGAGUUUUGUGGAAUUAAAAUGUUGCUGCUGCUGCGA